CCCAUCUGUGCAAAUGCUUUGGCGUGUGUGUCUGCGGGGUCCAUAUAAUCAACCGCACGAACUCUUCCCCACAUUACCUUUACCCUUUUUUCCCUCAUUAUGGCUGCUGUUCUCCAAUAUACUCCUGUUGAUAGUAUCGAAGAUACUGUUGAGCACCUUCGACGUUCAUUCCAUUCUGGAAUCUCAUUACCUCUUGCGUACCGUAAGAAGCAAUUGAAGCAACUUUAUAACCUUGUCACCGAGAACGAGGCUCUUCUUUUUGCCGCUCUUCGUAAGGAUUUGCGCAAGCAUGAGGUCGAAAGCAUUGGUGGCGAAAUUGCUCCUGUUGCAGAGGAAUGCCUGUGGUUCCUUGAGAACCUUGAUGAGCUUGCCAAGGAUGAGAAAGUGAACCCACGAGUUAUUCUUAACAGGUUGGGCGGCUCUGCUUUAAUUCGCAAAGAGCCACUUGGUGUGGUCCUUAUCAUUGGUGCAUGGAAUUAUCCUAUCCAGUUGCUCCUUGUUCCUUUAGUUGGAGCCAUUGCCGCUGGUAACACCGCCAUCAUCAAGCCUUCUGAAGUAUCAGCCCAUACCGCAGCUGCCAUCACGGCAUUGCUUCCAAACUACCUCGAUCCCAGAUGCUACCGUACUGUAAAUGGAGCCGUGACUGAAACCACUAGACUUUUAGAGCUUCACUUCAAUCACAUCUUCUACACCGGUAGUCCUGAAAUUGGCAAGGUUGUUAUGUCAGCUGCUGCCAAACAUCUUACCUCUGUGACUCUUGAACUCGGAGGAAAAUCACCUGCCAUCGUUAGUUCGGAUGUGGACAUGCAAGUAGUUACUAACCGUAUAGCUUUUGGCAAAUUUUAUAAUGCUGGUCAGGUAUGCAUUGCUCCUGACUACGUAUUGAUUGAACGAAAACAAUUGCCUGAAUUUGUCAAAGCAUUCAAAACCACCAUUCAAAACUUUUACCGUGGCCAUCCCGAAAAAGAUGAAGGUUACGCACGCAUCGUCUCUGAGCGUCACUGGGAUCGUUUGCAUAAUAUUCUAGCCAACAAAACGAGCGGACACGUAGUCAUCGGAGGCGAAAGCAACAAGUCCGAUCUAUACAUGGCACCAACCGUCGUCACGGAUGUGGACAACGACGACCCCAGCUUGAUGGGAGACGAACUCUUUGGCCCCAUUCUUCCUGUUGUUUGUGUUGAUAACCUUGAUGAAGCUAUCGAUAUUGUCAACUCAAGAGCCCCUCCGCUGGUGUUGUACUUGUUUUCCAAGAGCCGCAAGACCGCCGAAAAAGUCCUUACUAAAACCCAAUCAGGUGGUGUCCUGGUAAAUGAUACCCUCAUGCAUCAAGCAGAGUAUGCGCUUCCUUUCGGUGGUACAGGCAGAAGUGGCCAGGGUAGUUAUCACGGCAAGAAAUCUUUUGAGGCUUUUACCCAUGAGCGGUCGGUGAUGAUCAAGAACCUAAGCAUGGAUGGUCUUGUAGCUUCUCGCUAUCCUCCUUACAAUGCUAAGAAAGCUAGUCUCAUCCGCAGCGUUACUAUGAGCUCUCCUAUGGGCAUUUGGAUCCGUAACCAUAGUAAGACUCUCAAGGUGGUUGCCUUGAUGAUAGUUCUAUUUAUUCUCAACCGUCGCCGCUAGUUUAAAACUGCACAUCACGUGGAACGGUGUUUUUUCGCACGGGAAUGAAAAAAGUCAUAUCGCCCGCCUGCCUAUUAUAGCAAAUUGACAGGUCCCCAGCUCUUUUGAAAAAAAUAAAUUACGCGCAAUCUUUUCUUUUAAAUUUCCCUCUUGACCUUUUUCUCUUUCCUAUUCUCUCAUCUUCUUCUUUUCAAAUGGCCUCAUCUAAAGUCAUUGGUACUGUUCCUGGUUACAAGUUCAUUAAGAACCGUCGUGCAGCUGUUUUGGCCUUCCCUUUCAAUGGUGGUCAGGUAAUCUAUCUUAUCGGGUCUCUUAU